CCCCCAGAACCGAUCUACGUGCCAUUCCUCAUUGUUGGAUCCAUAUUUAUUGCCUUCAUUAUCGUGGGCUCUCUGGUAGCGGUUUACUGUUGCACGUGUUUAAGACCCAAGCAGCCAUCGCAGCCGAUACGGUUUUCUCUGCGGAGCUAUCAGACCGAGACUCUGCCCAUGAUCCUGGCCUCGACAAGCUUCAGGACGCCGUCGAGGCAGUCCAGUACCGCCACAAGUUCCAGUUCGACGGGCGGCUCGGUUCGCAGGUUCUCCUUUCCCCGGGCAGAGCCCGGGUGCCUUGCGGCAUCGCCACCUCCACCGUACACGUCUGGCUGCUUCCAGGCAGCCCACGCGGUCCACCUGAGCCAGCCGUCGGGAUUCCUGGUGUCGCCGCCGUACUUCGGGUAUCCCCUCCAGCCAGAGCCUGCCCUGGCUGGGAAGAGCUGCUCCGAUUUUAGUCAGAGCUGA